AUGGCCAGACCGUCAAGUUUGAGUGGCAAAUCUAAGCUAUGGAGUCCGAAGUUGGGCAUUCGCUUCUCACCACCCACAGAGACCGCGUCGAUAUACCCUCAGCUAGAUGUGCCGCGUUUCCUGCAAACUGCGAGCUCUAUCCACGUCACCAGGGCUGAUUCCAAGAGUGAGCCGUUUGAAUACUGCUCACCUACUACGGCGAAAGAUGAUAUAGCCACCUUAUCAUCACCUCAUGACCGAGACAUCAAAUCAAGUGGUUAUUCGGAGCCAGAACCCACAAAGCAACUUCACAUCACGACGCAUGAACAAAACAAAGAAACAACGCCUUCCAACAUAGACACCAAAUUUGAUUCAACCAACAUCCAACCCCCCUCAACAUCACUAAGCUUCAACAUCUCCCACUCCCUCUUCCACGCAGCACGCAUCGCCAAGCCCGGAUCUCUCGAAUCCUUCUGGUCACACACCAUGUACCAACGCACCAACCGUUCGGGCACCACCGAAAGAGUAAAAGUCCACUACUGCACCAGCAAACACACCAUGGAGCAAGUCUGCCAACGACACUUCCUCAACCAACCACUCCUCGGCCUCGACCUCGAGUGGCUCCCCGAAGCAACCCGCCACGCUGGACCGCGAGAAAACGUAUCUCUCAUCCAGAUCGCGAGCCCAGAACGCAUCGCCCUCUUCCACAUUGCCCUGUUCCCCAAGGACGACACCUUCAUCGCCCCCACGUUUCGGCAGAUUAUGGAAGACUCGACAGUGAGCAAAGUAGGUGUCCAGGUUAAGGGCGACUGCACCAGACUCAAAAAUUACCUCGGUGUUGAAACACGGGGUAUUUUCGAACUGAGCCAUCUGUACAAACAGGUGAAAUUCACGGCGGCAAAGACGCCAGGCCUUAUUAAUAAGCGGCCGGUGGCGCUGUCGACCCAGGUGCAGGAGGUUUUGGGGCUGCCGCUUUUUAAGGGUGAUAUGGUGCGGUCGAGUAAUUGGAUGAGACGGUUGAGUUAUAGGCAAAUGCUCUAUGCUGCUUCGGAUGCGUACGCUGGGGUGCAGUUGUACUAUGUUCUCGAUGAACAGCGCAAGCAACUGGAUCCUUGUCCCGGGAGACCUCAUCACGUAGAACUGGGUCUGCCGAUUCCGGUGGUUGAGCCGGAACUAUCAGAAGAGUCGGAUUACCUAUCGGACGACUCCUUUAGCUCUCUCGACUCAGAUAUCAGAACUGAGCUCCUGAAUAUGCCGUUGACGCCAACUGAACAACCUGCCAGAGAUUCUCGCGUGCUGGCAGCUGAGAAGAAAGCGAGCGAGUAUCGAGCCGCAAAGGUUUCAAUGUCGGCACAACCAGCUGCCUUGAGAGCAUAUUAUAUCUGGUACGGCAAUGUGGAUCUCAAGCCAGAUGAUGUUGCCAAGAUCCUGCGAGAUCCGCCGCUAAAAACUAACACUGUUGUGUCUUAUAUUCUUGGUGCGAUUGUUAGUGAAAAGAUGGCAUACGAUAAAUUGAGGCUGAAGACUGAAGUUUUGUCACUGUUGGAUGAGAGCGUCAGAGUGAGUAGUCGAUAUGGUGAAUUGGUGAGGAGCUGCGAUGAGGACUGA